AGUCGUUUCUUUCUCCGCCACUUCAGUACCUGCAAAAUGGGAAAACUAUGGGGUUUCCUGAUUUUAGGUUUUUUUUUCCUCCCUAAAAACAUGAUUUUUAGUAAUGCCUGUCGGGUUUUCCUAGAAGUUGGGGUACCACAAAACCAGCAAAACCCGUUGGUUUCCUGUUGAAACCACUUCAGCCAGGCCCUGGCCUCAUCCACCUACCGCGCCUCAGCGGAGAGGGCCAUGCGGGCCGUGAACGAUGCAAUCACAGCCUGUCGACAUUUGGGUAGCAAACAGCUCCGUGCGGGCGCCUUGUUCUGGCGCGCGCAGGUCCUAGGCUUCCGCGGCAGGUUGGAAGAGGCCCUGAGAGUGGUGGUUGAUGCUGAGAAGUGCUUCGAAAGCAUCCAAUCCGGCAGUGCCAUGGUGCAGUGCAAGGUCCUGGCGGCUGAUUGCCUGGCAGGUUUGAAGCAUUACGAUGAGGCCAAGGAGGUGGCGGAUCAGGCCAUCAAACAGGCCAGUGGCUUACACGAUCGCCAGGCGGAGGGGCAAGCCAAGAGCUGCCUGGAACGCAUCGAGAAAGCGGAGAAGAAGAGUAAGGAGGUGGUGGCUCCUCCCGUUCAAGCAGCCAUUGCCACCGAAGCUGCGGCGCCAGAGGCCCAGCAAGCUGCAGGCGCCGCGGCCGCCUCAGCGGCCGUGCCGGAGAAGAAGGGCCUGGAUGCCGCGCAAGCCACGAAGCGGCUCAUGGCCAUCGUCAAGGAUGUGAUUGCCGCGGACGACGAAAUCAGCGCCGACAGUCCUCUAAUGGAAGCAGGUAUGGACAGUUUGUCUUCUGUGCAGCUUGUGACGGAGGUCUCCAAGGAGUUCGCCAUGUCUCUCUCGCCCUCCUUGGUCUUCGACUUUCCCAACGUGUCGUCCAUUGUCAACCACUUGGUGGAAGAGAGUGCAGGCUGAGCGGCCACCAAAAACAAAGACAAUUCGCCGCGAUUUCAACCCACAAUGCCCG